GAGAUUGGAGAGGAAGUGGGAAGGCUCCAAUCUGUUCCUCACACCAGCGCCCUCAUGCCCCCACCCUUCUCGUCAGCUCGGGGCUUCGGCGCGCCUCAUCCCCGCCCCUCACCCCGGGAGAGGAGCGCGCGGCGCGGUAGAGCCCGCGGAGAGAGGCCGGGGGAAGCGGACGGCCACCGUUCGGCAGCAGGGGCCCGUAGCCGCCCGCCCUCGGGCGAGCCAGGCCCGAGGGCAGCCCCGGAGACCGCGGCGGCCGGAUGCGCGGGCGCGUCACUUCCGGGCGGUGCAGCGGCGGCCGCUUGGAAGAUGGCUGCGCCCUGUGGCUCGGAGCUGCCCGCCAACUCGCCGCUAAAAAUCCCGAAGAUGGAGGUGCUCUCCCCGGCUUCUCCUGGUGGCCUGAGCGACGGAAAUCCAUCGCUGUCCGACCCUUCCACGCCUCGGGGUGCCUCCCCGCUCGGGCCGGGCAGUGCGACGGGCUCGGGGGCAGCGGCGUCUGGGGGUCUCGGGCUGGGGCUGGGGGGCCGCAGCGCCGCCUCGUCCUCGGUCUCCUUCUCCCCUGGUGGCGGCGGUGGCGGGGCUGCGGCAGCCGCCGCCGCCGCCUGCCGGGGCAUGUCGUGGACGCCGGCCGAGACGAACGCGCUCAUCGCAGUAUGGGGCAACGAGCGGCUGGUGGAGGCGCGGUACCAGCAGCUGGAGGGAGCCGGCACGGUGUUCGGCAGCAAGGCCCCUGGGCCAGCCAUGUACGAGCGCGUGUCCCGGGCCCUGGCCGAGCUGGGCUACGAGCGGACCCCUUCCCAGUGCCGGGAGCGCAUCAAGAGGCUUGUGUGUUCCAGAACGCUUGCCUGCUUGUGAGUCUGAUAGAGGCUUGAUGUGUAUCUUAAAGGAAUAGACCAUCUUGGACUACCGACCAUACACUUACAGUCUUUCAGUUUAGGAGGUAAGGGUCUAACAAGCACGUGUUAAAACUUUGGAUGAAUAGUCUUCUGAGUUUAUUUCUUGGCAUUUGGGGAAAUCUAGUGAAGAGUGGAAUGAAGUUAUUAUGGAUCCUUCAAUAAGAUGAUACGUAAAAAGAAAAAAGAAUUUAGAAAGCACAUAGUACAAACAGUGCUGUGUAAUAAAACUUUCUGUGAUGAUGGACAUGUUCUAUAUCUAACACAGUUCAUUGUGAUAGCUACCAGUCACUUGUGGCUGUUGAGACCUUGGAAUGUGGCUAGUGUGCCCGAGGAACUGGAUUUUAAAUUGUGUUUCAUUUUAAUUAAUUUAAUUUUAAAUUAUAAAUGCCACAUGUGGCUAGUGGCUACCAUAUUGAACAGUGCAGGUAAAAAGUUGUUAUUUGGAGUAUUAAAGAAGUCUAUUUUAUGAAACAGUUUUCUUAGCUACAUACUCAAACCUUUAGGGGAAGCUCAAAGUUCCUUUUUUUUUGCCCUCCCUGUCUCUUUACCCCAGAGUAGGAGGAACCUUGAUAAAAGUAAAGAAAAAUGGUCCACCCUACUAGGGAGGAAGAGCUUUUAGUGCACAGAAUAAAGUCUUAUAAUCUCAGUUAGCUAGGGCAAACAGUGUCAUAUUCUUGAUUUUCUAGGACAAUGCUGUCUGAUAGAACUUUCUGUGAUAUAUGUGUCCUGUUGUCUGCACUGUCCGUCAGCCACUGAGCAAUAGCCACUAGCCACAGGUGGUUAUUGAACACUUGAACUGUGGCUAGUGUGACGGUGUGAAACUGAAUUUUUAAUUUUCUUUAAUUUUAAUUUAAAUGGUCAUAUACAUGUAGCCAGUGGCUACUGUAUUGGCCAGAACAGCUUUGGAAUAAUGAUAUUCAAACUUUGUUUGUUUCUGUGCUCCCAAAAGACUUUUUGUACUCUCUUGAACAUUUUAAAAUGGACAUUAAAGUUUUUUUGUUAUAGGUGAAAGUUUACAGGAUGUUAAUAGGAUAUAGGAAAUAUUAAAUCUAGUAUGGGAUGAAUAAAAUGAGCAUUGACUGUAAAAUGUACUCAGUAAUGUACUAUGAAUCUGAAAAAUCCACGCAAAAUUCGUAUCUGUAGAUUUUAUCAAAUGUAUCUUGAGAAUGUUGAUGAUCAGACAAUAUUCCACUUAACAUUUAAAAAAAACCAAUAUCCCUAACCUAUAUUGCUUUGGUUAUUCUAAAUUCAGGGGCCAAGCUUUACACGUAAGAAAUACAUGCCAGCUGGAAAUGCUAGGAAUCCCUAAGGUUUUAUGAUGCCUUGAUUAAUCAUGAAAGAGUAGGAAUACCCCAGUGGGAGGCCACUGCUUUAGAACUCUGAGCAUCUUUCUGAUAUCUUUCUUGGCAGCCGUAGCGGGACUGGACCCUUGAAUUCCACUGUCCUUAGGAAGCAGGAGAAAGAUGUGGAGCUUAACUCUUGGCUAAAGUGCAAGAAUCUGUGGGAGGAUUUGGAGAUCUUACCCAUUCCCUUUCAUCAGACCCAGCUGACAGAUUUCAUCACAGGGUUUCUCUAAAUACUAAAGUCUGAAAUAGGGACUUACUUUUUUAUUAUUAUUAUUAUUCACCACAAAUAUUUGAGUGCCUUGUGCAGUAGGUCCUAGAGAUGCUGCAGUGUACCAUUUACCGUCAGAGUGUCCACCUUCCAGUGAAAGAGUCAGACUACAAAAGCACCAGUUACAGGGUUGUGAGCAAGGUCUGUGUGACACGUUGACAUUAAGCUCAUGGUGCUUCAGGCAUACACAGGAAAGGCACGUCGUCAUAGGCUUUCAGGAGGUGGAUCCUGAAGGUAGAGUAGACUGAACUGAGUAGAAGAGGGUAGAUAGAGAUGAGCACUUGGGGUAAAAGACCAGAGGCAGCAUAACCUAGAACAGUGUAAACUGCCAGUAUAGUAAAAUAUAUUUUGUUUCAGGAAUCUUAAACUGGAAACAUCCAAAUACCGCAUUUGUUCCAGAAAAUUUAUAAGUGACUAUUUUUCCCCGUUCCCUUCCCCCAUGGUCUUCUAAGUUUCUCAAGAGCCACAUAUGAGUGAAAACAUAUGAUAUCUGUCUUCCUCUGACUGACUUAUUUCACUCACAGAAGAUUUAUAAGUGGUAAGCUGUUUAAAAAGUCAUCCCUUUUGGGGCACCUGGGUGGCUCAGUCGGUUAAGCGUCCCACUCUUGACCUCAGCUCAGGUCUUGAUCUCAGCGUCAUGAGUUCAAGCCUCGUGUUGGGCUCCAUACUGGUCGUGAAGCCUACUUAAAAAAAAAAAUUAAAUUAAAUAAAAAAGUCAUGCCUUUCAACUGAAUAACAGUUUGCUAUAGUGCAUGGCAUUUGGUGAAGGUAUGACUUAGAAUCUACAAAUGACUCGUUAGUGGUGUCUUAAAGAACCAAGAAAGGGUGGAGCAGAUAGUUUUGGAAUAACAGUAUGGUGGGCAUACCAAUUCUAGAGAAUUUAUAUGUUUUGAUAGAUAACCUUUUUAUAGUGUUAGAUUAUAGUUGUGCAGGUAUCUAUUACAUAUCUCAUUCUUAUAUACUGGAAUAAAAAACCAAAGCAAUGCAUCUUUUGAACAUACAGUAAGAAGAAAUAUAUUUUACCCUGUGGCCUAAUAGUCACAUAAUAUAUAUGUUUAACUGAAACAUUUCCACAAAAUAAUAAUGAUUGUAGCCAACACUUCUGUAACAUUUACUAUGUGCCAUGUACUGUUCUAGGUGCUUUGCAAAUAUUCACUUCUUUAAUCCGCAAAAUGACAUGCUACUUAACUAUGUGCAGUACCCUCUGGUAUGUUCUAUUACAUUCGAGCACAGCUAAUCUGGCUCUAGAACCACCAGGUUAUAUGUCCUCUCGAGUAUCAUAAAUAUACAGCACACGAACACACCCAACACAUUGCCUGUAUCUGGUAGGCUCUUUCUCCAGUCUCCUCCCUACAGGUACGUCGUCCUCCUCCACCACCACCACCACCACACCUCCUCUACCCCAGUACUUGGCAGCAUUGCCUCCCCUUUUCACCACCCCCCCCUCCUGGUACCUCUCAUCCUUCCCUGCCCCAGCCACACACUCAUUUGUCUCCAGAAGUUCCCUCACCUAAAACUGGUGCAAAGAAAACCUGGGCGGAUGAGGGUGCCCGCUCCCACUGGUAUUGGGCAGCUGGCUUACUCCUGGGGGACUGGCAGCUCAGGGUCACGUUGGUCCCCACACGGGCCACACCCAGGAGACGGCAGGACGGAGGAGCUGGAGGAACUGGAGCAGGGAGACAGGUUAAAAAUUCAAUCCCCAGGAGCCAACAGACCCCCACCUCCACCACCUCCUACACUCCCCGCCUCCCUCUUCUGUCACUCCAUCUGCCCUCCUCCAACCUUUACAGGCAGCCUUUUGGGAGACACCCGCCUGACCUCCCUGGGGGCUAGGGCGGUACUGCAAAGUGUGUGCUUCACACUUACCCAGCACACUGAGUUCUAAAGUUUUGCUGCUGUGGCUCCUAUUUUUGCCUUGAUGGUCUUGCACAUUCACAGAGCAGCGGUAGGACCCAGAGUCUUUCUCCCGGAGGCCCUGCAGCCGCAGCGACACGUUGUGGGAGGGCAUGGAGUAGACCAGGGAUACCCCAGGUUUGCUUGUCGUGGUCCUGCUGAUGUACGCCAACACCUGGUGUGGGGCACGAUGCCUCCCGGUUAUCGCAUGUAUGCACUGUGCCCACGGGCUCAGCCAAUCCCCUCCCCCACACCGGCAGUCUUCAAGUGCUCCUCCCCUGCACCCAUCCCCUCCAACCUGUACCAGCUCCCCAUUCACCCUGUUCCCCCCUAGCCACCCUCACUGGCCCUGGGUUCUCUUUACCAUGACGCUUCUUGAUCCCCUGUGCCUUGUCUCUUUAUCUCCCACUUCGGGUGUUUAGAAAGAUGGUCACAACCUACUAAAAUUGAUUUCCCAACUCAGCCCACUCGUGGGCUAUAACCUGCAGUUAGAUAAAAGAAAAUUAGAAGAUACUGAGGUGACAUGGGCUUUUUUUUUUCCAAUCAUUGUGCUUUUUUAGAUUUAAGGCAUCAAAACUUCAGAAGCAUUAAUUUGGAACAGGUCAUGUCCCCAAUAUUCUGGUGAAAUGUUUUAUAUGAUGUAGUUCUAGCUAGCUGGAGCCUGAGGUUAGAGGGAAGAGGGUGAAAGGAGGUGGGAAGUGAUCAGAAAUGAGACUGGAGACAUACAUAAGAGGUGAAAUGAGGUACUAGGGGGUUUAGACUUGACCCUAGACUUAGUCAUCAAAGAGCUGUAAGCUGGGAAGUGGACAUAGUCUUAGGUCCUAGGACUGGCUGUAAUGUGGAAAAUGAAUUGGCAAGGGUAAGACUGGAAGGACAAAGAUCACUCAGAGGCUUCUUGCAGUAAGCUAGACAAGAGGUACAAUAAAACAGUGGCCAUGAAAACAGAAGACAAUAGAUUUCAGAUAUACUAAAAUCAGCGGGGCUGUUUGGGAAUCUGAAAAUUUUAUGGGGUUUGUUAAAUCUUCUACCAGCUUACACAGGAUUCUUUGUUGUAGUCCUCAAAGAUCAUCACAGUGCUUCAUUGCCUGAAUUUUUGGAGUUGGUUCUAGAACCCAGUGAAAUCCAACUAAAAUAUCAUUUUGGCACAGCUCUGUUACCUCUAAGAUGUACUCUGGACUCUUGGAUUCUAAUCUCCCUAAACUUCAGAAGUGAUGACCCUGCCUUCUUUUUUCCCCUCUUUUUUCCUAACAUUACCAGAGGGCAAGAACUAAAAUUCACAUCUCCAAUUUCAGAUAUUGAUUGUCAUACAGGCACUCUGAAGUUGCUCAUACUGCUAGGCUGAGGUAGAAGAGCAGUUUUCCCCCCUUUUGGAAGGUUGUAUCUAUGUAAUGUUUAAAAAAGGCUUAAAAAUGUGAGAAAGAAUGUCUUGAGUUUCAAAAACAGACCAGGACCACAAAGAGCUUUAACUUUUAAACAGUUGAUUGUUGGGACUGCUUUGAUUAUUGGGUACUCUUUAAUCCUGGUUUGGGGAGGGGGGAGCGGUUCAUGCAGUGUGUUCUUCUCUGCCUGCUGUUGACCAUUGCAGAAACAGCAUUCAGUAUUCAGGAUGAAUGCUUAACAAAUCUGGGCCUAGUAUGCAUAUGUUGCAAAUAUCUGGAGUUUGUAAACUAUGCGGAGUCUUCCCCCUACUGUUCCAAAUCAUUGGAAAAUGUCUGCGAAUGGAAAAAGGCAUGUAUUUAAAUCUGUUUUAAUUCUUACCUGUUGUAGUUGAGAGAGUCCUUGAGAGCCAGUGGAAAUACUUACUUUUUUUCUUGGCACUAACCAAGUGAGUGUUCUCGUGUCACUUACUGGGAUGUGUUGUUAUUCCUUAGUAUAAAAUACAAACCUGUGUUUAUUCUCAGACAUUUUAGGAAUAACAGCCAUCAUUUUAUUUUUAUAUAUGUGCUCUUGGCUGUAUUCAUAAAUUACAUAUUUUGAGCUACCAAAUAAUAUUUCAGUCAAUAUAAAUUGAUACAACAGAAUGGAAGUUAUUUACUUAGAUACGUCUUCUAGUUGCCUUUUCUCAGCCUAUGUAAGACUAUUUUGUUGUAAUAGCCUGAAUUUUUGAAACUCACAGUAUUAUUGUUGCUCUACUAUCUACCUUCAGAUUUCAUUUAUUCAAAUAAGUCAAUUAUGUUUGUAAUUGGUAUUAAUAAAACCAGAAUAAAGUUCAUAUCUAUCAAAAACUGCUUUUAUUAUUAUUAUUUUAAAUUUGCAGAUACUUUCUCUAAAUGGGAAGAGCUGGUUUAUGAUUUAGAAAGAAGAGUGUGAUAGGUCAAAAAGUACCUCAACCUUACGUUUAAUCUCUCAGCUGCCAUAUAAAAUCUUAAGGAAUUUUCUUUCAUUCAUUCAUUCAUUCAUUCAUUCAUUCAUUUGUUUAGCAAAAACCCACUGAGCUGCUUCUGCGUGCUGGCCAUUGAUGUAGGUACUGGAAAUACAUCAGUGAACAAAAUUGAAAUAAACUCCUGCCUUCAAAGAGCUUACAUUCUGGUAGAAACCAAUAUGAUAUUUAAAAUAUGCAAUUCAAAACAAUUAGCACAAUAGAAAGAAAUUGCCUCAAAUACGAUAUUACUAGAUAUCAGCCUUGUUGACCUUAGAACAUUAGGGCUCUUAUUCAUUAUAUGUUACUUUUGCCUUUACCAAAUGUUACCAUUUGCCUUUACUUUCUUAAGAAUGAUUUACAUGACUUUAUAUCUUUUUAUUGUGGUAUGUCCAGUUGUCACUGGGGUUUGCCCCAUCAAGCAGCAAAGUGCAACAUUGUUAAUAGUCAUUCAGUCAUUAGAUUAUGAGCACCCCUGUUCAGUCUUCUGUAUAACCAGGUAAUGUCCCUUCUCUUUUGCAAAUUAGAAGACAUGGUUAAUAGUUGGAUUUUGAGGGAUCAGAUUGUACCUGUUUUAGAACAGUGUAAAAUAUUUUUUUCCUUUAUAUAAGUAAUGUAAACCACAUUAUAAAAUUAAGAGGAAAAAUCAAGGGAGAAAUUUUAACUUUAUAGCAGAACUAACAUAUCUAUGAAACCCUAAUUUUCAAGAAGUGGUGGUCAAUCUGAUUUUACUUCCAGUAAAUUUCCAUGCACCAAAAAAGGAAUGAGAGGUCUACAUGUUUUUUGUUCCAUUGAACUCCAGGAAAAUAUAUGAGCCAUUCAUACUUCACUGUUUGUCUGCCUACAGCUUCUUGUAAGCAGGCUGCCCAGUGAGUGAGGCAUGUUCCUAUGGUUAGUUAAGAUUCCUUGUUUCCCCUUUAGUUUAUAUGUCAGUGUUAGUCACCAUAUUCUCGCCAGGACUACAAACCUUUGAAAAUGGUUAGAUAAUUAGCUUUUAUAAAGAAAGAGGAAAUAAGAGCAAAAGGUUGAAGAAGCUAUGCUAGUAUAGCCAGGUGUUUCUGAAACUUGAAUAAUCUAAAGCAUGUUUAUACAACAACGUUACUUGAUGUGUAACAAACCUAAAUCUAGGUGUAAACUUGUUAUUUGUAGAUCUCAUGUGUUAUCAAACAAAAAUAACUGUAAAAUACUUUUAUGUACUAAUAAAACUAAAAUUCAGAAAAUCAAGCUAGCAUUCCUUUAACACUAGAUGAUGUGGUGUAACUGAAACUUGCUUUCCAAACGAGAUUCUGAUAUUGACUGCUACAGUUUGUUAUUCCUACCAUGUGCUUUGUGAUAAAACUUUGGGGUUACCUUUCCCUACUUGAACUAACCUUUAUUUAUAAGUGGUCUCCAUGUGGUGUGACUAUUAUUUUUGUAACAAUCAAAAUGACUAACAUUUAUUGAGUACAAGCUCUUAGGCACUGUUUUAAGUGCUCUGUUUGUAUUUUUUCAUUGAAUGCUCACAGCAAAUCUGUGACGGAGGUACUGUUAUUAACCCCACCUAACAGAUGGAGAAAUUGAGGCACCAUGAGAUUAAUUUGUAUAAUGUCACAAAGCCAGCAGGUGGUAUAUUGCCCCUUUAUGAACCGUCAACCCACCUUUGAAAAAUGUUGACAAUUGAAGUAAGAUUUUGGCAACAGUGUGAUUAUAAACGGUCCAAUGCAAUAGCCAAAACAGAGCAGUACAGAUGGAUGUUAUGCUCAUACAUGUUACUUCUCACAGUAGGAAAACACAGGUUUUAAAAAUUCUUGCAGAUAAUUCAUGGUGUUCUAAGGUUAUAAACACGUGAAAAACAUUUGAUUUGGAAGUCCCAAGGAAGAGUUGACAACAGGCGUCAAAACAUUUAGACUUUUAUUUUAGGCUUUUAUUGUCAAAGACUCAGUUCACUCAAAUCUUUAUAUAAAUGAUGGCAUUUAUUGAACUACCGACUCCUCUUGAAGUAAGUUUGAAUUACAGAAGGAAUUUACAAAGUAGAAGUACUUUUUUCUGCAGUAAAAGGUUAAGGAUGUGGCUUACCAAAAGGAGGCCAUAGAGCGUCCAUUACCUAUGGCUAAGUGUUCUUAGAGAUGACAAAGAGGAGAUGGGUUGUUUAGAAUAUAUAAUGUAAACGUACGAAAAAAGCAUAUGCAUAUGAAGAAAGCUAAAAAUAGAAAAUGAGAGAUCAGAGGUGCAGUGAGUAACUCAGGUAAAUAUAGUUACAUCCGCUAAAUAUUAAAAUGAGCUGUGAACUUCCUGGCAACUAUGGCAAAAAGGUAAACACAGUGACUUUCUAGACUUUUCAAUGUCUACUGAAGAGAGGAACACCAGGUCCUAGUUUUGAAACCUAAAUUUACAUUAAAGAAGUUCUGUUAGUGACUUUGGAUAAUAAGCUCUUACCUUUCCCUUAGCUCUCUAUUCAGUUAAAUAGAAAUGCAUCACAUAUCUUCCACAUACAUGUGAUACAGUCCCCAGACCCCUCCUCCAGGAAUGAGACACCCAGCCCCUCCCCCAGCUGCCUGGAGCAAUGAUUGGUGACAGCUGCCAGUUGAAUUCCUUCGCCCAAGGGAGCUGUCUCCCCCAAGGUAAGGCUCCCUCUCCAGGGAAGCCUGAAUCCAGUGACUGGUCCGUGCUGAAAUCCAAAGGAACAGUUUCCUUGCCCCAGUUCAGGACAAAUCUGAAGGUUCAUCCAGUUUCCACACCUCACUUUGGGUUAGCUGAGGCCUUUGCUGCAACUGUGUCUUCGUCAACGUCUUCGCCCAACCCUGUUCCGGUCAGUCUCUCACAGGUACUCGUUCUCAAGAGCCCUCCCCAGUAAGCCUGCUGCACAGACUCCUCAGUCUGUUUCCUGGGACUCUCUCUUUUAGCAUUAAAGUAAAAAUUAGGAAUAAUAAAUAUAAACUGCUUAAGUCUCAGCACACAGUAAGUAGGCACUGAGAAAAUGGUAGUUAUGGUUUUUACCUUCAUUGCACAGGACAUUGAGCCACAUAUGGAAAAUGUUUGAUUUUUGUAGACAGUACAUUUUUCAUAUGGCUAUUGCUUUUAGCAGUCCUCGUAAAGGUAAGAGUAAAAUAUAAAAAUGUUACCAAAUGAGCUAUAAAAAGUAUUAUGAUUGCCUGAAUUUCUUUCUAACAACUUUCUAAAUAUGUUCAGGUUGCCUACAGACAGAUGUAUACACUUAAAACAUGCUUAUUUUCAGGUUUUUCAUAGAGUAUUUGUCAGCAUAUGAAUAUUUGUUCUUUUCAUGCAUUUAUGAUCUGUAGUUUACAGCAUGUAAAUGCAAAAACAAAAAAACAAAAAAAAAAAACAAAACCACUUUUUGAAGUAGAGUUGACCCUGAACAACAUAGGUGUUAGGGACACUGAUGCCCUGUUCAGUCAAAAAUCUGGAUAUAACUUCUGACUCCCCAGAAACUUAGCUACUAAUAGCCCGCUGUUGAUUAGAAGACUUACUGAUAACAUGAGCAGUGGAUUAACGUAUUUUGUAUGUUACAUCUAUUCUAUACUGUAUUCUUACAACAGAAUACACCAGAGGAAAGAAAUUGUUAUUAAGAUGAUCAUAAGGAGGAGAAAAUACAUUUGCAGUAAUAUAUUUAUUGAAAAAAACCUUGUAGUUCGAAUCCAUGCUGUUCAAGGGUCAACUUUAAGUCAACAUUUACAUUUUUAAAGAACACCUGACUGAGUCUUGACCCAGAUUCAGGCGAGACUAAUAUUUGUACCCAGAUACCUUGAUGGAGGAUUUCUAAUAACCUUACUUCUUAGAUGAUUUUAUCUAGAUGUCAAAGCCAAAUAAGUAAAAAUUACUAAUGGAAGGAAUUUGUAUUAUAGAUUAUCUUUUCAUUAUAGAUGGUAGUUUUUAGUAAAAAAAAAAAAAAAAGACUACAAAACUUUCAUGAAAGGAAUAAAGUGACCUGUUUUGGAGGGGGUGGGGUAACUGCUCUGCACCAUUUCCCUUUUAAACACAGGUCUUAUCACCAGUAGAAAGUGCCUUUGUGUUUGGGAAGCAAUGUGAUGUAAUGGUAAAGCUGUGUGAGAUGUUAUUGUAAUGUGUAUGCAUGCAUGUGUACUUCUUAAAUUUUAGACAUGGUUGAUUAUGGACCAGUUAGUGUGCAAUUCAGGGUGUUUGUGUGGGAGGCCUUUAAAGGUGAAUGAUUCUCCCCUGCUGUCCUAGAAAUACUGUAGAUAAUACUCAAAUAUGUUUUUUUUUUCCUCACAUAUUAGUAAAAGUUAACAUUUUAAAUAAAUAUCAUCUGAAUACCACUUUGAGAUGGUGCCCGGGGUGUGAAGUAAACAGAAAAUCUAACAGAAAUGCUAAUAUAGCAACUUCAGAGGUGAUGUAGGAGGUCAGAUGAAAACAACCUACCUAAUCCAGGAUAAUUCUUUACCAGACAACUGGUCCCCCCCCCCCCCGCCCCAUCUAGAUGGGAAGGAGGUUGUAGGCAAAUAGUGGUAUCUGACUGUCUUUGAUGACUCUAAUGUCUGAAAUUUGCUGCUUAUGUCUGAAAUAGUUAAGUAGUUCACUAAAGCCCUAAUGUUUUUACCUGUCUUCAUGCCUGGAAGGAUUCUUGUAUCCCAAAGAAGUCCUUAAACAGGACUACGCUUACUAGGUAUGGCUUUUAUGAUAUUACUGCCAAUAGGAGAUAUGAUUUACCUACAGCAUAGGGUUAAAAACUUUAUGGUCAUAUGAAUAUAGUUCCUUGAGCAAUGGAAGGUGUUUGUUUUUGACAAUUAGUAUUGUCCUCCUGGAGGGUUUUUUUUCCGUUCAUAAUCUGAAUGGACAAGACCCUCACCAGCUAGCAUGGAGGAACCUAGAAAACUUGGAGGAGUUGAUCCUCACUGAGAAUCAAAAUUUGCUGAAUUAUUUGUUCCACACAAGAAUCUCUCCCCGAUGAAGACAGUACUGACCAGUUGUAGACAAAAAAGUGAGUCGUUCAUAGCCAGAUUCGGAAUGCAGUGCAAGUCGAUAGAAUUCAAUCCUGGACAGUUCCCCACAGAGACUGGGGCUCCAGAGAGGUAAGAUCUUUUGGUUUCUGGUGGUCGUUCUGUUUGACCCUAUCAGAAUCCAGGAAACAAUUGAGUCUUUUUCCUUUUCUAUCUUUGACAGAACUCUGUAUCCUUGAAUAUAUUACUUAUUCAAUGUGUAAGGCAUAAGAAAUAAUAAAAUUUGGACAGAGCAACAGAGGUCUGUGUGGCAGGAGACCCCUCUCCCACCACCGAGAAAAAUUUUAAAAACAAGAAUGGUAGAUCUUUUUAAAAUAACCUGGCCCUCUGCAGUUAUUCCCUUUGUCACAAAGGGAAUUUGCUUUGCUAAUUUGAGCUGUAUCUAUGCUUCAUACCAUUUUCUGCUCCUGCUUUUUUCAAGUAGGAGCCUUACGUACCUUAGAUUUAUUGAUUCUAUAAAUAUAAUCUACCAUGUGGUUAAACAGUGAGUUUCCUGAUUUUCUUUGGUAAGAAACAAAAUUUAUCUUCUUGCUAAUGAUUUGCAAUAUUAAAAUUACCUUAAUUCAUUUACUUAAUAAAUGUAUAUUGAACCCUUACGUGAUAGGCACUCUUCUGGGCUCAGAGAAACCGAGAACUAGGCAGACAUACCUAGUUCCUACCUCAUAGAGUUGAUGAUCUAGUAGAAUAGUUCUCUUAGGAAGCAUUCACAUUAUAUGAGUGGCAUUUGGUAGUUUUUGUUUGUUUGUUUGUUUACCAAAUCCCCUUUGAAGAAAUACUUGUCUUGGGGCCUUGGCUCCUCGUUUGUUAAGUGAGGACUCUGUGAUCUCUGAGGUUCUUUUCCAUUCAAAACAUCCAUAAUAUUUUGGAAGUUUGGAACUUGGUUUGCUAUUAGAGCCUUGGGCAGCUCCACCCACCCCCUGUCAAUCAGUAGACUAUAUAAAAGAGAUAUUUGGCAAGGAGAGUGUCAUAGACAGAUAGGCAUUAUAUCAGGUGCUGCAGGAAAGUCAAAUGAGUUAAGGACAAAGUUUGAGGGUCAUUCUUCUCAGUAAUUAAGAAAUUGCUGACCAUGAUAUGAAUGGUUUCGGCAGAAUAAUAGAUCAGACUGAGUCCCAUUGGGUUAAGGAUUGAAUUAGUGUAGACAUUGCCUAGUCCUUUCAGACCCUUUGGUCUUUAGGCAGUAUUAAAAUGGGAAGAUGCAAAAGCUUAGCCAUCGUGACUACUAAGGAAAGUAGUCAAGACUUCCUUUCCUAUGCUUGUUCCAAGAUACGUGAAUUUCCUUUAGGUAAUUUAUGUAGCAUCUGUAUUGAUACGUGUAUCAGAUAAUGAAUGGUCAAGUAUUAUGUGAUUCAAUUGGGACAGUUAAAAAGCAUAAUUUAUGAAUCAUUUAAUAUUGCUUAGUUUCCACUUCAGAAAAAGAUUUCUUCCCUAGCAGGUGGAAAAAAAAAAAAAACUCCUAUAUUUUUGUGAAGAGUAAAUUGAUAUCCCUGUGUGUUCUUACUGCUAGGAAUUGUUUCUCUCAAAAAGCAUGGGAAUUUGACUAAUUGGCCUCUUAAAGAAGAUAUUAAUGCUGCUUUAUCUAAAUGAGCAGAAUAUGGAGCAAACUGGAUAAAUUUUACUUAAACUGGUUGUCCCGAUCUUUAUAAUCUCUUGUCAAACUUAAUACACAAGUUAAGUCUACCUUAUUUUAGGGCUUCUGACUAAUACCUGUUAUAUUCUUUUAUGGAAGAAACAACCACAUGGUAUAGAGCAGUUUUUAACCCGAGGUUCUGGUAUGGGCUCUUCAGAGUCCGUGUUCUUGAAAUUGUAUGGAACAGUUUUGUAUGUGUGUUUUUUUCUGGGGAUGGAUCCAUGACCCAAAAAAGAAAAGAACUUCUAUUCUGGAGAGGAAAAGGAAAAGGACUAUUUAAGAAUAAAAAGCUUUCUCACUUGCCAAACCUCCCCUGUAGCGCUAAGAACUGGGGGAGUGUGAUGCAAGGGCUAUAUUUUUGGUUUGAGUUUUGUUUUGUUAGGGUUUAGGGUUGGCUGGUUUUAAAGGAUUAAGUGAUUGGCAAAUCAGUUUGCCAGAUUUUGAUGUAUAGAAAACAGGUAGUAAAUAGGUAGUAAAACUUCUGCUGGCCCCAGAUAGAUUUUGCCUUCCGUGACUUCCUAAUCAUUAGUUCUAGCUCGGUGUAAUAUACAUCCCUAUGUAGGAAUUUAUGCUGUAUUCAUAAUACCCCUCUUACUGUGUGCAGAAAUAUGUUUAUUUAUUUAUUCUCCUACUUGGAGUUUUAUUUUAUUUUCUACCUUUUGUGCUCACAGUAAGAAACUAAAACUAAUUAAAGACAUAUUGAGUCUCUCCAAAAGAUAUUGAAAUAAAUUCAAUGGGUUUGUUGUUGUUGUUGUUGCCUCAUUAAGAGCAACUAGUUGUAACAGUUACAAUAAAGCGGUAACUUUAAAGGAAGAAGAUUAAUGUAUUUCACAAAGACUUUUGCUUUAAAAAUCCACAUCUGCUAAGGCUGAGGUAUUGUUUUUAAUUCUUUUAUAAACAGCUAGUCAUUGGAGAUUUGCCCCCAGUGUAAUUUCCUCUAUCUCUUGUGAAAUAUGAUAUGUGAUUCUUAAGACUCUGACUGCAAAUAAGUAUAUUCUUUAUGGAAUCAUUUGGGUUAAAAAAAAAAAAAGCUAAAAUUAUCAUAUUUAGUUUGCAGAGGGUUAAGAUCAUCUAUGUAAUCCAUUUCUAGUGUGGCCAGUUUGACAACUACAUUUGAAAAUCUGUUUCACGGCUUGUUUUUUCUUAUAACAUUGUUUCCUCCUGUUAUAACUAAGCUAUCCUGCCCUGCGGUUUGACUUUUUCAUCUGACAUCUUAGGCUGAUCAUGCCAGUGUUUUCUGGACAACACAUUUAUGUAGCUAUUAUGCUACACAUUUCCAUUCCUCCUUAUUAUAGACCCUGUUCCACCUGUAGUCAGUUCUGUUAGAACAGUGGUUUUGUCACGGUGAUUAUGUUUUGAUUGGAUGAAAUGGGGCAAAUUUUGAGAAAACGAGCCAGUAGCAGAAUUGGUUGGCAUAUGCCCAUAUGAUUUAUUUAGUUGGCUUCCUGCUUUGCCAUACCAGGAAAAAAUUCAAUUCCUCCCACUUCCUGAAAGUCAGAGGAGGGAUUGAAGGACACUGAAGCGAAAGAAACCUUAUUUUUACCCCCAAAGUAGCUUGUAUAAUGUCAGGAAGGGCUUUGACGAAACCACUGGCCCUACUUAUAGAUCUUAUUUUCCAAGCCUUUCAUUAUUUUAUUUGCCCUUUUCUGAACUCUACAAUUUCCCUCUCUUGUAGCUGGUUCGAUGCCCAGAACUGAAUGCUGUGCUCCAGCUGUGGCCUCACCGGUGCUGAAUAGAGAGGAAGAGCCACCUUCAUAGCUUACAUGUGAUUCCUCUGCUUAUACAACCCAAUACUGGAUUUACUUACUUUGGCAAGAUAGCUGCAUUGUGCACUGUAUUUAAUGUUACAUGUACUGUAACCCUGGGUCUUUCUCUGCAUUGCUGCCGUUAAACCCCCAAUCCUGCCAAUCUAAAACUCCUACCUUUGUUUACCUGCCCCCUCCCCCGCAGACCUCCCCCCCACAUUCAUCCGCAAUGAAUGUCAUCUUUAUUCUCUCAUUUCCUUUCCCUCCAAUCUUAAACUUUGGCAGAACUUUCCCUCCGUCUAUAAAAUUAUCAGUUGUCAGCCAUCUUGUUUUCCUCCCUGCUUUGGUAAUGGGACAUCUUUUAAGCCUUGUCUCUGGUUCUUUUCCUGUUGAGGUGAUUAAACACUUGGCAUUUCUUUCAAAUCAAAGACCUACGAACUCUUCUGAUUUGACCACCUGAUCAAGUUGUUACCUACCCUUUAGUUCUUUCUAGAUUCUCUUGACUCCUCCUGACCUCUAUCCCUCUGACUUCCUUCAAGAAUACAGUGCUACCUCACUGCUCUUCCCCAGGGAGGAGACUGUAAUAUUGAUUUACCAUGGAAACUUCUAGCAAUAAGGAAAGUGUUAUUCUUCCUAAUUGUGAAUAGGCUGGUCUUUUCAUAAUUUUGAGCAAAUUCUCCCCCCCCCCCCCCAACUUCCCCCAGAAUCUUAACUUUUAAAAGAAAAUGCUAGAGGUUAAAUUACCAUACAUUUCUAAGAUGAGUGAGGUAAAGAAAGAAGGAAGGGGAGUAAGGUAUUUGUGUUGGGUAGGAAACGGCCCUCCAAGAAAGCUAAACUUGAGGUUCUUGUUGGGUUUGGUGUGGCUGUCUGAAGUGGGAGGUGAGGCUUUGCUUUUCCUAGAGUUUGGAGCAUUAUCGUAACCUCAGAUUUAGAGUAGAUUUUUAAGUUGGCUUAUUUAGGACUGUUGACACAGGCACGCAGUCUUUUAAUUGCGUGCUUUGGUUCAUCGUUCAGGGUGUAGGAAGUGUGACCUUUCUUGAUUGGAAGGCCUCCAUAGGUUCCUUUUAUCUGUUUCUAAAGUCCCUGCAGCUUCACUGAGUUCAGUGUCUCCCACAGCGGUGGUCUUGCUCAGGUUUGAGUUCUCCCUUUCGUUUUCUAUCUUAGUUGAUGUGUCCUAUUCAAACAGCCUCUCCUCGGAUCCCUGGAUCCUUUGCUGAACCCAGAAGGUACCUCUUAUGUGUAUUUUAUGUCUUGAGAGUGUUAAAAUCAAUUUGCAAGUCUUUUUAACAUUAUUCCAGUAUAUCAAAUUCCUAUCGUAUGGAUUUAGGAAUUACCAAGCAUUUUUCCUCCAGACCCCUAAGAGAUAUUUUUCAUAUCAACACAUGACACUAUUAAAGUGUAUCACAAAAGUACACUACAAGGAAAGCGGUGGCAAGAUCUCAUAGCCUUUUUUGAUGAAAUAUAAAAUACAUCAUCUGACUGUUCUUCUGUAUCUAAAACCAUUAGAUAUUCCUAUUCACAAUUACAUAAGCCAAGUGAAAUUUUAAGCUCAAUUUGGUGGUUUCAAAGAAACCUGUCGUUUCCCACCAUGCACAUUGUCAAAAGAUUGGUGGCUUUGCUUAAGAUGCCCAUGUCACGACAUUCCUUCAAAGGAACGUGAGUUUAUUCCUUGACUUCUGAAAUGACCCCCAGUGACAGAGGCGACUGGACUCUUGUGUGCUGCGUGCACUUCUCGAGGCAGCCAGAAAGUAGUGAGCAGUGACAUCUCCAUUUAUGGCCUUGGCAGGGUGAAAGGGACACGGCCGGGACUCUCCAUGUACGGUCCUUGGAGGAGUCGAAAAGAGCAGUUGGGGUGUUCUUGGAGGCAGAAACUAGACAUUGUGAGAUAAAAAUAAGUUGGCAGGAGAUGUUUGCAAUUCAAAUUCCAAUCCCUGCAAGGAGGGCAGAGGGCACUGGGAAAGGGGAGUAUAUAGAAAAUUAAAUGAGAUCUGCUGCUGGCAUUUGUCUCCUUCCAUUGGAAAAGUUACCCUGUGACGCAUUCCCCAAGUUCAUUUCUGACUUUUUUCUAGAAAGUUUUGUGUUAUGUAGUUGUGACAAUCUUUUACAAAGAGAAAGAGGGAACACUUUUAAUCAGAAACCUUGGCUCUUUAAGGCAUCAUUUGAGGCACCAGAGAUCUCAAGAAAGGGAGAAAGGCAGAUGCUUACGCAGGGGGUAGACUGGCCGGUUUUGGGACAGGGUGACUAAUCACCACUCUGUGUAUGUCUGAGGAAGAUCAUCCUAUGUGCCAUGUUUUUAUUACUGCUUUUGCCCAUCUGGAUUCCUGGCCUCAAGGGACAGAUCUGCAAAGUAUUUGACAGAGUGUCUUGUCAUUUGUCACCUGUGAUUUAAAGAUACUGAACUUUCGUGGAGGCUCUGUAAAGAUUAUGAAGAGUUGUUUUAGUUUGGUGGGAAUAUGUGAUAUAUUGCUAUGGAAAGUAAUCUCACAUUUAGGAGAAACGAACAGUCUGACUAAUGCAUAUAAAUUAAGUCUGAAGUGAACCGGUUUUGCACAGUUGAGUCAGAAGGUAUAUGAGAGCCACCAGGGAAAAGGGGUCUUGUCUUUCAAGAAAAUUCUGAGUGAAAUUCAGUAAAGUAGAAGGGAGAUUAGAAGGAGCAGAAAGAGCAGAGAUGGGAUAGAGACUGGAUGUCAGUAAACUAAAUUUGGAUGCUGGGACUAAGUCCUUGGUUUAUCUUUUGAAAUACCAUGUAAGACAGAGUAAAAGAUGCCAAUAAUUAAGGAAACUCUGCUAAUGAUCAGAAACAAGUAUGCGUUAGAAGACCACGAAGAAAAUGGUUUGUGCAAGACGUUAAAAUGAUCCAGGUUUUCCCUGUGGACUUGCAUAGUGAUUUUUAUUUGCUGCGUAGCAUAAGGCAGAAAAAGGAGUGCAAUGGUAUCCCUCCACCUCACUUUCCCCCCCAGGAAAGGAGAUUAUUGGUUUGUUUCCUGGCAGUUUGAGUUGGUAGAAUAGAUUAGAACUGGCUAACCUUUCGAUGUAGGAAUUAGCACAUUGUUUCUUGAUAGUUGAUGUUUGAGACUGGGGCUCUGUAGCAUAAUUAUUUGACCUCUUUUAAAUUUAGCAAUUUCCCUAAGACCGAGUAAUUUAGUAAGGACUGUGGACUUUGAGGGUAGUAUGUUUUACUAGCUGAUUCACUUAGGCAAUUGUUUUUACCCUGAUUUCCUUCUGAAGAGUAGGGAAGGUUAUAUUCUUCACUUGGGAAAUUCUUCUUUCUGUCCCCCCUUCCCUCACUUUUUCCAAAUUCUGGGCACAAUAGCAGCUCUUUCUCUUCUGUGGCAGGUGUGCAUCCUAUUGGCUGGCUGGUAUUUCUUGUUUUCUUUUUUUUUUGUUUCCUACUUCUUCUUUUUAAAUGGGGGUGGGGGUAUAAAAACAUGUGUUAUGGGGUACAUGCAAUAAUGUUGUAAUGUUUCUUGUUGUUUAAUGGAUGAUUAAUUGCAAAAUAAUUGUUUGAAUUAUAACAUGUUUGAGUAAAUGCUAAAUUAGUUUUUUUUCUAAUAUAAUAAUGAAUUUGAAAUCUAGCAUUCCUGUAACAAUGUGUCUGUGUUUGUCUGUCUGUGUCUGUCUAAUAGUAAUUAAUAUCUGUGGUCCGUACCUGGAAGAGGAAGUACAGCUUUAAAGGAAUAACAAAAGACUUUGUGUCUUAGACCCUUCGCAGGUGUUACAGUCGGGUGAAAGAACAUGGUGUUGGGAAAAGAAAGAGCAGUUACACAUUUGAACAGUUGGAACAGGUGUUUGG